AGCAAGCCGACGCGCGCAGCUCCCCUUUGCACGUCUGAACGCGGCCGCCCGACGCAGUGUCCCGCCGCAUGCGCUUGCAUGGUGCCCCGAGCCAGCCGCGGGGCGGACCCCGGCGGGGGAGGCGACGAUGAAUUGCAGCGAGCCCAAGGAGAUGGAAGCUGCGGCGGCUCACUUCAACUUUUGCCAGAACCUGCUAGAACACACCGUGUCGGCGGAAAACCUGAACUACCGGCUGCAGAGGACCUCGGGGGCCAGCCUGACCUGGCACGAUGGGCGGAGCCAGAGGUCGGCGGGCGGGAGGACCGUUAAACUCCUUCAGCAGCCCGGAACGGAGGGCUCCCAGGGGCGGAACUACGACCACUACGGCAUCUACCACACCAGCCCGACGCUAGGCAGCCUUACGAAGCCGGUGGUGCUGUGGACGCAGCAGGAUGUGUGCAAAUGGCUGAAGAAGCAUUGCCCGCACAACUAUCUCAUCUACGUGGAGGCCUUUUCCCAUCACGCCAUCACAGGACGGGCGCUCUUACGGUUAAACGCGGAGAAGCUGCAGCGCAUGGGGAUUAUCCACGAGUCUCAGCGGCAGGAAGUCCUCCAGCAGGUGCUUCAGCUGCAGGUGCGGGAAGAGGUCCGCAACCUUCAGCUCCUCAGUCAAGCUUCUUAUGGAAACGUCUCGUAACCCCUCCACCUGUCUGGCAGCAGACUGGCGCAACACUGUGACCUGAAAACAUCUCUGGGACAAUGGACGGUGUGGACCACCAACAUCUGGUCUGGGUCACAUCUCCUUUGCAUAUUAGGGACUCGUCUACUGCAUACUUGGAAAGAGACAGAGACAGACUCCCAAGGAUGCAGAGGGCGAAGCUCUCUCUUCCCUGCGCCUUUGUCUCUUCAUCCUCCAUCUUGAAACCAGCCAUCCGAACAGAUUUCAAAUUCAUGCCGCAAGAAACGAGAGCCCUCCCGGACUCACAAGACUCAGCCGUGCAGGAUCCAGUCACAGUGUACGACUGCUCCUUGGCUGGAACCAGGCGCAGGGGGACGGAGACCCACAGUCGUUCUUCCUCUUGGUGAACUCGGUAGACUUCCCGAGCCAGUGGAGUUUGCAGCGAUCUCCAUAUAUGUUUCUUGUCUCAUUUCAACGGUCUUGGUAGGUUUCCCAACACGGUCGGGGCAGCCGUGGGAGAUGGUGCGGCGAAAGCACGGUGCGGUUUCUCACAAAGAACCCCCAGUUGGAAUCCUGGCUUUGCCGUGAGCUCACAAGGCGGACUUCGGCAAGCUCAACAUCCCCCAGUUGUCGGUAUGUGGAUAAGACUGAUCCGCCUCGCAGGGUUGUUGUUAAGGACUGUGACAGCAUCACGUCCGCGAAGCGCUUGGAACGUUUCCGAGUUUCUUGUAAACCCAAACUAUUGUUAUUACGUGACAGUCAAAAGAACCGUUUUUAAAAGGGGGGGAAAUGCUACAGCAGGUGGGUACGGCAAAUCAGAGACUGGCUUCCGGUUGGCUCCGGGCAUCGUUACAGAUUGCACUGCUAUCGAUGUGCCGGAGUCGUCGUUUGCAACUGGAUUGGCUUCACAUAACAUCACCUAACCCAGCCAUGAAUUAUUGGUGUAGCGCAGUGAUAACAGAAUACCCAUUGAUGCGUAGAAGCCCCCUAAGGGUGGUCUGCGUAAGGCCUUCUGUUGGGUUCCUGAGAGAGGCUAAAUCUGAGCCAGGACUUGCUUAGUCCGGCUUUCUUCGUCCCUUCGUCACACCAGAUGUCAGGAAUUUGAACUCGGGAUUUUCCUCUAGACUGCCUCGGAGUGGGUGUGAAUGGCUCAACAGCCACAGAGCUCAGCCCUUUUCAAAUCUCUGUGCUCUGCCUUUAUCCCCCCCCCAACCUUUUUAAUUAAGCGUCAUUAAGCGAGACCUGUCUACAGUGGAAAAUAUAUGUUUAGAACGUGUCCGUUCCUCCUG